CAACGUUUUCGUAAAAGAACGUUCUUUUGAGACAGAUUUGUUUAAUUAAUGGGCGCAGCACAUACAACAAAAAUUACAGAUAAAAUGGAUAACUCUCAAUCAUCAAAUACCCGAGAAAAAACUGAAGGACAACCGCGUGCUAGCAGCAGCACGAGACCGUUGUCAAUCGAAGGGCCAUCGACGUCGAAUAACAGAGAAUCACAAGUACUUGAAGUAUUACCGAAUCAACCUAGACAACCAUCAAAUUUGCAAGGAUUACUAAGAUUUGCUAUGGAAGCAACCAAUUCUCAAGGUGCCUCCAGCAAUACUCAGUUUCAUCCCAUGGACAAGGAGAGACAAGAAUUCCUGAAAGAAACACUUUCCUCGUUGUCAUGUAAUAUCAUUGAAGAGUUGCAAAAAGCAAUUAAAGUUUUAUCGAAUGUAGUCGAUCUUCGACCAGACGAUGAUACUUCGGAAGAAGAAACUGCUUUGGAAAGGAUCGCCGAUUUUGUAGAUAACAUAGAUACCGCUAAUGACUUUUAUAAAAUAGGAGGCUUUUCAAUAUUUGGUCCGUGCUUAAAUUCAUCCCAUAGUAGCAUUAGAUGGAGAGCAGCGGAUGUAAUUGCUGAACUAGCUCAAAAUAAUCCUUUUUGUCAGGAAAGGUGCCUGGAAGCUGGUCUGUUCCCUAUAUUAUUGAGCAUGAUAGACACAGAUCCGACCGAUGCUGUAAGAAUCAAAGCUCUGUACGCUGUAUCUUGUAUAGUUCGUGAACAUCCGAUAUCAUUAAAGUACAUGGAUAUAAAUGAUGGCUAUUCCGUUCUUCUGAGAGCUAUGCAAAGUUCAGUGAAGAAAUUACAAAUUAAAUCUGCAUUUCUUUUAUCCUCGCUUUGUAGCAAAGAGAAUAUAAAUGAUUUAAAAUUAACUUUGGUGAAUAUGGGUUUAGUGGAACAGGCAGCAGGUUUAUUAGCUACAGACGAUCUACUUCCAGAGAUCAGGGAUCAGUUGAUAAAUAUUCUCGACGGAUUAACCAACGACGAUUUUCUUCCUGCUUUGAAAGAAUGUCGACGACCAGAACUUUGUUUACGCUCUACUUUGGAACAUUGUAUAAAACACUUAAAACAAGAGGAGAAUUUAGAUCAAGUGAAUGUAUGUUGUCGAUUGUUGGAAAAAAUCUUCUCUGAUCAAGAUAUGAAUCAAGAAAGAUAAUUGUAAUUUACAACAAUGCUGAUAAAUCUUUUCUUGCGCGUAUAAAAUUUGUACAUCCCCAUAUGUCAUUGUUAAUAAAUAAAGCUAGAUAUAUUUUAUUUA